AUGGGAGGGGGCAUGGCCAUGGGAACAGCGCUGUUCCAGGAGACAAACGUUCAGCUUGCCCAGUCUUUCUGGUACAUUAUCGCAGGCGUUGUCGGGUUUCUGGGUAUCAUCCGCGGUAUCAACUACCUAGAGGGCUGGAGAAGACUCAAACGAUGCCGCGCCGAGUCCGUACAGUUCCCGACGAAACCCUCAAAUUUUAUAACACAAGUAUGGGCAACAUCAACAGCGCUUGUCCGCGAAGCAGGGCACCCUCAACUCUAUAUCCCCAUCAAGGGUCUGCGGUGGACGACACCACCGUCGCUAGGUCGCGUACUUGUGCUACUGGCCUACUGGGCCGUCAUCAUCUACAUGAUGGUUAAUGACGCCGUCAUCAAGGACGCCUACUUCUGGGAACGCAUAGGGUUCCGCAACGCCUGGGUGACUGUCAUGCAGAUGCCCCUCCUCUAUCUUCUCGCGAUGAAGGUCAACGUAGUAGGCUUCAUCAUCGGCGCCUCGCAUGAACGACUAAGCUGGCUUCACCGAUGGGUCGCCAGAACAAUGUUCGUGACGGCAACCGUCCACGGCUUCCAUUUCUGGUCGGAAUGGGUGCGAGCAGACUUUGUCGAGACACAGCUGAGAAUCCUACCCGUCAUCAAGUACGGCCUCGGAGCCUGGGGAAUUCUCAUCUGGACAUUCCUCACCGGCAUGACACCACUGCGCAGCAUGGCGUACGAGCUGUUCCUCCUGCAACAUAUCCUCUCAGCGGUCCUCUUCAUCUGGCUGGUCUACGUCCACAUCCCGGCCUACGCGAAGCAGUACCUCUGGUUCUCCGUCGCCAUCAUCUGCUUCGACCGCCUCGCGCGCUGGGCGUUCCUUGCGUGGCAGAAUACGAGGCUUCGACCUAAUAGGUCGACGUGUACGGGAAUGAAGCGGGUGGGACACGAGGUGCAGGUCCGGGCGGCGGGCUCGUCGACGACGGUGUUGACGAUUAAGGAUGUUCAUUUCUCGUGGAAGGCGGGGCAGCACUUGUAUCUUUGGCUGCCGCGUAUCGGACCGUUUGAGGCGCAUCCGUAUACUAUUGCGUGCGCGCAUCAGCUGCCGGAGACGUGUACUUGCAACAGUAUCCAACUUGUCGUCAGGAAGCACGGCGGUUUCUCCAAGAGACUGCACGACUAUGCGGAGAAGAUUCCGGCAUCUGGGAAGAAGGAAACGCUGACGGGCUUGGUCCUGGGUCCGUUUGGCGCACCGCCGAGGUGGGAUAUUUACGAUACCAUGGUUCUCAUCUCGGCGUCUACGGGCACGUCCUUCACGCUGCCCAUUUUGGAGAGCAUUGUUCAGAGCCGCAGGAAGACAUGUAUUACAAGGAUCGAGUUCAUUCUCAUGGCAUGCCAGGGUGAAGAGAUCGAAUUCUAUAGGCAGCGGCUGCGGGAGUCAAUGGAACGCGCGCAGCAGAACGGCAUCGAGCUGCAGGUGCACAUCGCCGUUACGCGGUCGGGCAAAGCCAAGGAAGGCGAGGCGACGACGGUCCUCUACUCAGACCGAGAGGGGAGCUCUAGUUCUAGUUCGUCUGCGAAACACAGGAGGAUCGUCUCGGAUGACUCCGUGGAUGGUGGUGGCGGUGGAGGGUGUUGCCAGGAAAAGGGGCUGGACUUGGAGAAGGGCGACGAGGUGUUGCUUACACCCAGAAUCCGGAGCGGUUCGGUGAUGAGCAUGGUGAAGGAGUAUUAUUCUCGCCCUGAUCUGGAGGCUCUGAUUCGGGAACCCGUCGAAGCUGCGGGCGGUGAGACGUCGAUCGUUGUUUGCGGUGGGCAGUCGUUGACGAGUUCGGUCAGGAAUUGCGUGGCCUCGCUGUCGGAUGAGAGGGCAGUCCAUAAGGGGACGGGCGCACAGGGAAUCCAUCUUUUUGUUGAGGAGUACUCGUUUUAG